GACUAGCUACUUCCUGUUACUUUCAUUCUCGAAACUGGCGGAUAUUAUUUAGACUGGCAGGGGAAUGCGAUAGUGGAUGAUCUAAGGUGUUUGUAAGAUUCAGUUCCUAUAUCAAGUUAGCCUGUUGAAGAAGAACCCAUGAAUGUGUUACACUAAAGAAGACAAACAAGAUGAAGCUGUCCUUUACCCUGAUCGUGUCUGCGAUAUUUCUUGCUUACAUAGGCCACUCUAUGUGGGUGAUAUAUGGAAUCUUUAACCCUACACCUUGUGCUAAUAGCCAGAGGUGUAUAUAUCCCUUCAUUGGACUGAAACCGGAACCACAGUUACAGCUGCAAGUCUUUACUUCUACAAAGCAGAAAGGUGUCAGUGAAAAUGAUCUUAAACUGAUUUGGAGAAACAACAGCCUGGAUAUUCAUAACUCAUUGGAAAAGGAGUUCAAUGUUUCAAUGCCAUUAAAGACGAGGAGAAAUGGAACUCUGUACAUCCAUGUGUUUGUCCAUCCAAAGGGAGAUGACCCAUUCAACAGCACCUACAGUGUACACACCCAUGUGCCCAUGACAACCUACUCUCUGCCCCAGGCAGAGUUCUUCAGCCUACUUGGUGACAGAAAUGAGAAUGAGAGCCUAGACAGAAACACCCCUAUCAGCCACUGGAGGAAAAAGCUGUUUGUGACGCUGGUAACUGACCCUUUAGCGAUCGACAUGCACGCCAUACCAGCUGACAUUUACAAGUUUAUCAGCCUUGCCCCAAACGGACGCUACCUGCCCAUCGUAUACAUAGAUCAUAUCAGUUUCAGAGUGCGGGAUCUACUGCCAAUCAACAGGAGUUCCAUCACCAUGCCCCUCAGCAUCACCUAUUCCCCGAUCUCCAUAGGCAAGCUGCGAUUCUGGAGCAACAUGAUGGAGUCAAUGAAAAUGCUGCAUGGAUUUGGAUUUUCUGAGAAAGACACGGAUGAAGUGAAAGGAAUCUUUGCAGACACAAAUUUUACAUUUUUGAUGCUUACAUUUGCUGUUGCUGCAUUCCAUUUACUAUUUGACUUCCUGGCUUUUAAGAAUGAUAUAAGUUAUUGGAAGGGACGCAAGUCAAUGGUGGGCUUGUCUUCCAGAGCAGUUUUGUGGAGAUGUGUUUCGACAAUAAUUAUAUUUUUCUACCUGAUGGAUCAGGAGACCAGUUUACUGGUGCUGAUCCCUGCUGGGAUAGGGGCCUUCAUUGAGGUUUGGAAAGUAAAGAAAGCCCUAAAGUUGACAAUACACUGGAGAGGGUUAAGACCCUCAUAUGAGAUUGGUAAGACAUCGGAACAAGAGAAAGAGACCGCAGCAUUUGACUCUGAGGCAAUGAAGUACCUGUUGUAUCUACUGCUGCCGCUGUGUAUAUGUGGAGCAGUGUAUUCUCUCUUCUACACACCACAUAAAAGUUGGUAUUCUUGGUGUAUUCAAAGUCUUGUGAAUGGAGUGUAUGCAUUUGGAUUUCUGUUUAUGCUACCUCAGCUGUUUGUAAACUACAAGUUGAAGUCUGUGGCACAUCUACCAUGGCGGGCCUUCACAUACAAGGCAUUCAACACUUUUAUAGAUGAUAUCUUUGCCUUCAUUAUCACCAUGCCAACAGCUCACAGGCUAGCCUGUUUCCGUGACGAUGUAGUUUUUGUAGUUUAUUUGUAUCAGAGAUGGUUAUACCCAGUGGAUAAAAAGAGAGUCAAUGAAUUUGGAAGGUCAUACGAGGAUGAAGAUGACAAAAAGAAGAAAUAGUGGGCCAAGCAGUUGAUAUACUGAGAAAGGAACAAGUCAGAAUAUUUUAUAUUUCUCAGAGUUGAUGUUGUUUUUUGAAGAAUUAAUGAUGUGUGGUUUUCCUUUAAGGAAAGUUGAAAGUCCUAGAAAUCCAUCACACAAGAUCUUCAAAUAAUGAAGUUUUACAUUAAGGUGUUGAUUACAUCUACAUAUAAACAACAUCACCUGAUUGACACAAAGAUCUAAACACUAAGAAACAACCUUGUAGGUUAUUCCCUGAAACUUAAUUAGCUAUCCACUUAGAAGUUGAUUUCAUUGUUUUAUUAUCUACAUGGUUUACUAUCUACAUGGAUUGUUAUCUAUGUGGUUUACUAUAUGCAAGGCUUACUAUAUACAUGGUUUACUGCUUUAAUAUUCGUAGUACACUAUAAAUACUGAUAUAUUUUGUAAGACUGAUUAUUACCAAGGAAAUUUUAUACCAUAUGAUGUGAAUUUAAAGGAAAAUAAUUUAACAUUAAAACAAAUUCAUAUGUACAUUUUUUUGCAUAGAUCUUUUUCAUACUUGAUAAUAUUUUGAGAAUUUCAUUGGAUAUAUUUUGCAUGCUCUAAAUACCUGCUAGAGAUAAAAUAAUCGAUUAAAAAUUACAUAUUUUGAGUUAUUUGUUCUAGAUAUUAAAAUAUAGGGAUAGUUUUAGCAAAUUCAGUAGUUGAAAAUAUCAAAGUAAAAGUAUUUUUCACCGUUCUAAACCCCUAACAAAAAAGUUAGAGGGGUAUACCGCCCUCACCCCCAUCCCCCAUUAUAGACAGAGGUAUCUACACUUCUGGUAGGACACAGAUAUACUUUUGUCUAACCCUAGAGUAAAGAGGGGGGGGGGAUUUCCCUGUCAUACCAAUUGCAUGACGUCGCGCCGACAAUGCCUUGGUAUCACGUCAACAAUAACAGAUCAUGGAAGAUAACUCUGAUCUGCUGGAAAUAAUGAAAUCAUCAUUUGCAUUUAAUGAAAGUAUUACUUGUAUUUGAUGUGUGUAGAAAAAGUGCACCCCUUAAUUAAAUUAUCAGGUAUCAGAAGUGUAUUGGAAUAUAUCUGCUGAGACACAAGUGAAUAUUUCAAUAAUGCUACUUUAUGACUUUGUGACUUACAGAAAAAAAUCCUUGUUAAAAGUGUCUGUCUAUCUGGGCUUUCACCUUUGUCUUUAUAUCACAUGUAAUUAACCUAUCGAUAAUGUUAGUGGAAACAUUAUGAUACAGGAGAUUAUUAUGAUUUAGAAGUAAUAAAACAAAUAGCCUCUUGAUUUUUUUAAGCAUUGCUGACAUCUAAUUCUUGUUGUGUAGUACGUGUAAUGAAGAUAUUAUGAAGCACUUGUAUUUUAUCUAAUCUGCUAAACAUUUAAGGAUAAAGUUGCAGAAUGAAUCUGUAUUAAACAUGUGUCAAAACUACAAAGACUUGACAUGUUGGCUGCAUUUUACCAUAUUUGUGUUCGGUGGUAAAUUACAAUGUACUUUUUUGUAACAUUUUUGUGAAGAAAAUAGAUCUUCAACAAAGAACGAAAUCCAGAUAUCAGUUAGCUGUUUUGUAUUAAUCCAGAUAUCAGUGUGCUGUUUUGUAUUAAUCCAGAUA